CCCCAAAAUCAGAGAACUCAACUAUCCCUAGGUUAUUCUCCUAAGUUCCCAAUUAGAUUUCUCCUCCGUCGCACUCUGCUGCCGUCUUCCAUAGCGGCGUCGUCGUCCCUCUGCGUCGCCCACAGAUGCUCUGUUCUUCUCCGCUCGUCUGCCUUGCCUAUUGCAUCCCCUCGUCCCGCCUUGCCUCACCGCGCCUCGCGGUGCCUUGCCUCAAAUCGCCGCUCCUCAAAUCUUCCUCCUACUACACUAAGAACGGGAGAAAUGUUAUUCUUAAAAUAACUAGUAGUCAAACGGCAUCUCCCAAUUCUAAUGCUUCGAUGUGUUGUUGGUGAGAGAUUUGCGGGCACGAUUGGCCUCUAUUCCCACUAGCAAUCAAGAAACUGAACUUACCAUUGACGAUGACUUUGAUAUCUCUGGAUUGAAGCCCCUCAAAGUCCCUACCCAGAUCUUCUUCAAACACUCUUCCAUGGAUCCCCACAAAAAGGGUUCUACAGAAGCUGAGUUUUUCACUGAGUAUGGAGAGGCAAGCCGAUACCAAAUCCACGAAGUCAUCGGGAAAGGAAGUUUUGGUGUCGUGGGCUCUGCCCUUGACACUCAUACUGGGGAAAAAGUUGCAAUCAAGAAAAUCAAUGAUGUUUUUGAACAUGUAUCGGAUGCUACAAGAAUCCUAAGAGAAAUUAAGCUCCUGCGCUUGCUUCGCCAUCUUGAUAUAGUAGAAAUUAAACAUAUUAUGCUUCCUCCUUCCCGUCAAGAGUUCAAGGAUAUCUACGUUGUCUUUGAGUCGAUGGAAUCUGACCUUCAUCAAGUAAUCAAGGCAAACGAUGAUCUUACACCUGAGCAUCACCAAUUUUUCUUGUACCAACUUCUUCGAGGCCUCAAAUAUAUACAUACAGCAAAUGUUUUUCAUCGUGACUUAAAGCCCAAAAAUAUUCUUGCCAAUGCUGAUUGCAAACUAAAGAUAUGUGAUUUUGGACUUGCUCGAGUUUCUUUUAAUGAUGCUCCAUCAGCUAUAUUCUGGACUGACUAUGUUGCAACUCGGUGGUACCGGGCACCUGAAUUUUGUGGUUCUUUUUUCUCUAAAUAUACCCCUGCAAUUGAUAUCUGGAGCAUUGGAUGCAUAUUUGCAGAAAUGCUCAAUGGAAAGCCAUUGUUUUUGGGUAAAAAUGUGGUGCACCAAUUGUAUCUCAUGACCGAUUUGCUUGGCAGUCCUCCACCUGAGUCCAUUGCAAGGGUAGCAGCUAAUUAUGUAGCAAUGGUUCUUUCCGGACAAGUAUUUGAUAGAAAAGAAGCGAAAAAUUAAUGCAGAAAAGAAGAGGAAAGAGCUCGAGAAGGAGAGAGCGAAGGAUGAACUUCUGACGAGAAAGCGCCAGAAUGCUUUGGUGUUGCUUUGUGAUUGUAGGUGGUCCAAAAGCAGCAUGUGCUGGUUGUGCUGGCUUUGCGGCAUUCUCAGUCGUUAUAGAGAAAUUCUUAGACAGGCAUGAGUAGUUACCUAUUGAAUUGAAGUCACCCAAUUUUGUAUUCAUUAGGCAUAGCAUGGAUUUUCAUAGUGAUAGUCUUUUGCCCAUUUGCUAAAGGGCGCAUACAAAAUUGUAGUAUUUUAUUUUACAUCGAUUAUUGUUUAUUUGUAUACAAUAUCAAUUGGUGGAUGCAUUCCUCCAAUUCCAAACUAGAUGUAAGUAUGCUCUUAAGUAUUAAUGUAAAGUUUAUUAUAUAAACUGGAUGCAUUAUCAUAA